UUCCGUGUGGGCCGCUUUUAGACGCAUUUUGAUGGACAUUAACAUAUAAUCAUAUAGUGUCCGUGAAUAGUUUAAGUUAAAAGGUUUUAUUACAGACAAAAGCUUUCACUUUAUCGAAGUUUCAAACGGUGCCAGGUACGAGGAGGCUAAACAUUUCUGGUAUUGACCCAAAUUUACAUUCAGAUAUUGAGCUUAGUGUGCUUUCUUUGUAAAAGGCAUUUAUAAUUUGCAAUAAUUACUCGAGAUAUGAGCUCUCCUGAAGCAAUGUCGCAGGCAAGAAGUCAUAAACAAGCCGCUUACAAACCGCGAAUUUUGAAGGAAGGCUUCGUCGAGAAGAAGAGUAGGGUGUUAAAGAAAUGGCGAAAACGAUACUUCAAAAUAAACGGCGAAGUUUUGUGCUUUUUCAAGAAGGAAGAACACACAGACAAGAAGCGUCCGAUGGGUCGGAUAUUUCUCGCCGACAUCCUCGCGGUCGGCAAGUAUUUCUCAAAGGCAAAAAGCAAGGAUCAUUGUUUUAGCAUCGAUACAAAAUCGGGGAAGACGCACAUUAUGAACUGCGAAUCGCCUGAGGAACGAGACGCUUGGAUUUUAAUUGUGAAUUUCGCAAAAGAUGACUUCUUCAAAGCAGAAGAGGAAGAUCCAGUUCGUAGACGGAGCGUGAGAUUGAACGGCGAUCUAAAACGAAUUAAAUUGUUCAAAGAUCCCACGAAGGGCAUUGGUGUUCGGAUUAAAAGCGUAAACGGGUGUGUAUUUGUUACCCGAAUUGUUGAAGAUGGCCCUGUAGCAGAAACGGGUGUACUUCGUCCAGGAGACCAACUCUUGGAUGUAGAUGGUGUUAACAUGAGUAAUAUGACAAUUGAACAAGUCAGUGAGGUUCUUAAAGCAGCUCCAAUUCUUAUGACCUGCACCGUAAAACCAGCAAACCACUUUAAAUAUGCCGCCGCAGAACCAACGCAAGCAGCGAAAAGCAGCUACGCCGAGAUUGACAUAGAUGCUCUAGCGAUAGAAGAUCCUAACGCCAACCAUGAAGUGGAGAAAAUUGACGCAGGGUAUGAGGACGACCAGUCAAGCACAGGAAGUUAUGUCAUAAUGCCAUCAGAUGAAGAACUUGAGGAUGGACAUCUCUAUGAUAAACCUGAAGCAGACCAUUCUAGAGAUAUGGAAACAGAUGAAUCGGAAUAUAUGAAUAUGCCAAACCACGAGGAAGAGAAACCAUCUAUCCUGCCACCAAGGGCAGUGCAACCAGAGCAAAAACGUAAUCUCCCAGCCGGGCAAAGGAACUAUCUAGAGUUGUGUUUUGAUGAUGAUGAGUCAUAAUCUAUUUAUAGAACACAGCAUUACGCCCUCAGAAACUGUCAUAGUUAGUCUGUGAAUAAGAAGUUACAUGCCAAAUGCUAGGUAUGCAGAAAUAUUCAUAAAACAAUAAUUCCAACGCAUAAUUUCCCAGUGAACACCCAAUACAAACUCCUAGAACUAGCCAUUGUCCGUAAAACCUUAGACGUGAAAUUUUGCAGUUUCUAAUUAUUCAAAUAUGUCAAAAAAUUUAUUUGUUAUUUUUGUGAAAUACACUUAUUUUAUAGCACUUUUGUAUAUAGGAAGAGAUGAAAAAAGAGAAUUUUUGUAUAUUUGUGGUAUUUUUCACAAAUUAGUUGUUUCAGCAUGUUCACGAGAAGAAGCCAAGCAAUAUUAAAUUUGCAUUUGGGCACCUGCUCCCAUCUUAUCAAUAAAAGAGUGGCCAAUCAAAUUGGUCUGGCUGGCAAAUC